ACUGGAUGGUGCUUCAUGCGUGUCCAGUGAGAAGGGUAGUGCAUAAAAUGUGGUGGCUUUGGCUCUUGAAACCAAAAUUGCUUGAAACCCAUUCUCACUCGGGUUUUUGGGUUAAACCCGCCAACGAAAGAGAUGCAGACGAGAUCUUCAUCCUCAGCCUCGGCGAGCCUAAUCCCUUUUGACACGUUUCCGGCGGGCCACGGCCGCCUCAGCCGCGAAACUCAGCUGCAGAUCGUGGACCCCACUUUGUCUCGCCGGAAACUUUUUCCGGGCUGGACCGUCGUGAAUCGGCCGGGAUCGUCGUCUCCUCGUAGUAGCAACGGCAGUGUCGAUACGUACUAUAUCGAGGCAGGGACUGGUAGAGAGUUUCCAUCUCUAGAAUCUGUUCAAAGACACUUGGCUGGAUUAGUAGAUGAAAGACGCUUGACUCGAACAGGAUCCUUCUUGAAUGAAAAUUCAAGGAUUUAUGAAGGAUCUAGAACCAAACAGAAUCAUCGCAGCGUAGAAUAUGCCUCCAAGGGUUUCCGUUUGCCUAGAGGAUGGACUGUUGAGGAGGUUCCCAGGAAAAAUGCCUACCAUAUUGAUAAGUAUUAUACUGAGCGAAAAACGGGGAAACGGUUCCGUUCCCUUGUUUCCGUUGAGAGAUACUUACAAGAAUCCAGGAACUGUACAGAUCAGCAGCUUAUGGUUUUACAAAGUCACCGUGGCUUGUCCAAAGGUUUCAGUUUACCUGAAGGAUGGAUCGUCGAGGAGAAACCACGGAGAUAUUCAAGCCAUAUAGACAGGUCAUACAUUGAGCCAGUUACGGGGAAGAAAUUCCGUUCACUGCCUGCUGUUGAGAGAUACCUGAGAGCAGUUGGGAGCGGUAGAGUUGACUCGGCUUCUAUGGUGGGUUCUUUGCUGCAUUCCGAGAUGCUUUUGCUUUUGGCGAACCGGAAUGGUACCGGAUUUCAGACCGAGGUUCUUGACCCAAACCCACCAGGGAGAGUUAAGUGGAUCUUUACCGGUCCAGGCGGAAACAAGUUUAGUGCGCAUGUGAACGGUUCAGACGUUUCUGGUUCGGUCAAACAGACAUGGUCUGAGGCUUUUGUUUCAUUGAUCCAUGACCGAUCUUAACCAAAAAUCUGAAUCCUAGGUUUGACCCUUUUGUGGCCGGUUUUUGCACUUUGAUUUACCGUUAACAAAACUACUAGGUAGCCUCGCCAAGUUGUUCAUACUUCGUCUAAUUUUCAACUGACUCGAAUAACCGGUUUUUGGUAGAUUUGUCCUUUUCUGAUCUCGGUAGUUCGUGUAGGUAUGUUAGUGCUACAUUAAAUCGGAUGUUUUUGUUGUUA